AAAAAAUACAACUUGUCAUGUUACUGAGAAACCACAACGUUCCUUCGUCCCGAAGACCCUCCUGUGUCGGAAAACUUCAACUCACAGCUUUAACUUCGACCGUAGCAGAGUACUGUACAUGUCCGUGAUUUUCUCUGCGGAUUUCACCUCACACUAGAAAAAGAACAUGUUUGGCUGCUGCUUCUUGCCAUGUUUAGUCUUGUAGCGUAUGUAUCAGUGACCCUCCCCAGAUGUUGAACACUUCCUGAGUCCAUGAACAAACGGAUGCUUCUCAUAUACAUUGUGAUUCAUGUUUUAUCGUGUAUAUAUUUAAAUGCUUCCUGGAUCUGAAAUAAGCGUCUCUUCUCCACUCCGGUACCUCUCGGACUGCUUGGACGCCAUGUUGUGAUUGGAACGUGAUCAUCUGACCAAAUGACGCAAACAUCUGGGUUUGUAGAAAAUACAAAACCCACUAGAAACUCUCUCCUACUGUGGAGUAUUGCUGUCUGGAUACACGAGUUUGAAUUACAGCAGGAGCUAUUCUCACUAUUCUCUCCGAUCAGAUUCCAAAACAGCACUUACUGCAUGUGUUCGAAUGCGAUUUCAUCUUUUCCACCCUGUGCAUUAGUGCCGUGAUUAAAGAAGCUCCCCUGCUGUUACACUCAUUUACACACUCUCACACACACACACACACACACACACUCACUCUGUACCGGGAUCACCAUGCUGGCUCUGCUGUUGACUGCGCUGCUGGCCGUACACUCCAUCGCUCUGGAAGUGAACGUCCCUGAUUUCCCAGUGGUGGUGCUUUAUGGAACCGACACCGUCCUCAACUGCACGUUCUCGGGGGCCAAGAACUUUAACCUGUCCGAGCUGAGCGUGUUCUGGCAGCUGGCUGACACUCAGAGAAGCGUGCAUGCUUACUUUGACAAGCAGGACCGCUUCAUUGAUCAGGAUGAGCGGUUUGCUAACAGGACCAGCCUGUUUCAUGCAGAGUUAGCGUCUGGUAACGCAUCGCUGCUCCUGAGAGCAGUCCGAGUGGCAGACGAGGGCAGCUACACGUGCUUCGUUAAAGUGGACGACUACAACAAGGAUUCCAUGUACAUGCAGGUGGCAGCCCCCUACUCCAAACCCUCAGUGACCUGGGAAACCGAUGCCAACCCCAAGCCAGGUGAUGCCGUCGCACUGACCUGCGUGGCGUACGGUGGGUACCCCGAGGCUCAGGUGCUGUGGCAGGACGGGAGCGGGCAAAACCUGACUGAGAACGUCACCGUCUCACCUGUAGCCAACGAGCAGGGUCUGUUCACCAUCAGGAGCGUCUUGACGGUCAUCCUCGAACCGAACAGCACCUACAGCUGCAGACUGACCAAUCCGCUUCUAGGGGACGAGGGCCACGCGUCUGUCACCAUCACGGCCCAGGCCCCGGUUUUUCCUCAAGUGGCUUUGUGGGUAACGAUUGGGCUGGCAGUCUGUUUGCUUGGUCUCCUCAUUGCCUUGGCUGCCGUCUGCCACAGGAAAAUCAAAGAGAGCUGCGAAGAGAUAAGAGCAGAGGAAGAAGCCAAAGAACUCGAGGAAGCCAAAGAACUCGAGGAAGCCAAAGAACUUGAAGAAUCCAAGACAGCUGCAACACCUCUAAAGAGCUAAAGGCAAAGAGCACAGGGUGAAACUACGCAUGAAGCAUGGAGUCUCACAUUAACCUUCAGUACAACAUGACGUUCAACAAGCGGCACAUUCAAGUCUCACACACACACACACACACACAUACACACACAGUCACACACUUUCAGUCCGUACAGGGCCAUUUGGUGUUGCUGAUACCUGUGUAGCUUCUAUUGCUUAAAGUCAAAAAGUAGCAUUUAACAUUUGAUAUGUAGUAAAACAAAUUGGAUUUUGCGCAUUGACAAAGAGAGCAAAUGCUGUUUGCCUUGUUCCCAGUUAUAGAUUGAUCAAACCCUGCAUCACUCACUUUUUUCUGUCCGCUUUUAUUUCUGAUAACGGUUUUGAAUUCUCGUUUUAUAAUCUGACUGUUUUUCCGAUGUUUUUUUUUUUUUUUUUAUACAGCAUGAAUAGAAAUAACCUCAGACGUUCUAGUAGCGUAAACCUCGUUUCGACAGCAUCAGUCGCAAAGACUCGAGAAUCACUGAGCAUGGUUUGGAAUUAUAUACAGUCGGCUAAUCUGCUUGAAGAUCUGCGUGAUGGCCAUUGGCUCUGACAAGCUUCCAGCUCCACCACUGACACCAGCAUGCAGAGCUUUGCCUCAUGUUCCAACUCACACCUAAUGGGAUGUGAAGAGCUUAAGAGCAGAACCGGCAAGGAAGCUACCGUCAGUGUGUCCAGCGUAGUCAGCCUCUCUUUCUUUCCCUCGUCUUCUCCACCAGCGCACCAGCUCGGACUAAUUAAGGCCUGCCCAUGAACCAACAUGUACCUGUCAGCAUGUAGCUGUUUCUACAAACUCAAUGACUUUGGGGAGAAAUUAGUUUGAAUUCCAGCUAAGCUUGAACAAAUUGCAAAGUGGUUCACGAGACACACCCAGGUUUCUCUUUGACCUGACAGUAUUAUGUCGAGAAACGUUUUUAAUGAUUACACAGAGAACUGUCAUACUGUGGGAGGGAAUCUAUAAUGAAUCUCGAAUGCUGUUUUCAUAUGGUUCUUGAUACUUGGAACACGUUCAGUGCCAAAUAAAUUGAUCGAGUGUUUUGGGAUUAAUUGUGCCAGUCAGUUAUUAUGAACAUGCUUUAAAUAAUAAAAUGAUUUGUCAUUAAAA